UGUUGGCAUAAAUAUUUAAAUGUAAAACAAUUCGGUAUAUUUAAAUAUGUACAUAACUGACCCCUAACAAUAAUUUAAAGAGCAAUAUACAAAAUAAUUAAGUUGGUAGAAAUAUUACAAAUCAGCAGAAAGUAGGUUGUAACGAGAUCUUUCACAGGGUGGCACGUGUCCAGUAAGAAGCUUACGAAGUAAUUCAAGUUUGAGAAAGAACAUGAUAAAACUUGUUGGUAUAAGGCAGGAUGGACGGCAGGUGAGUGUGGGAAGGAACCUUCUCGCCUGACACACACACCAAGGAAAGAUCUUGUGUUAGGGAUGAAGUGGCUGGGUCUGGUUGUCUGUCUCGCCCUCGUCUCUGUGGCACAAGGUCGCGAUGAUGAGGACGCAAGGUUGAUUGUUGCAGCAUAUUCCACCAAGACAGCCAUCAUCCUCACCACAACCACCACUACAACACCCUUCACCUGCGCCUUUAAGACCAAUGGUGCUGUGUGCCAGCGACGCCGCUACCGCCGCUACACAAAACUCGACGACAGUGUUCUCAGUGAUGACACGCGGCCUGAGGUGUCUGGUUCACUGGGUGAGGAAACAGUGAAGAACGAGCGUCAACCCAGGAUCGCCCUCACCAUCUGGACCACCGUCUCCUCCACUUACACCGUCACCUCCACCUCCACCAACAGGUCCACCACCUUCUCCCUCUCCUUCUUCUGCACCGUCAGUGGCGCUGUACUUCCACCAGGCUGUGGCUAAACAUGGAAGCAGAGAAAACAAGAACAGAUUAUCCCGGCAGUGACCUGCAUGAACCUCACAAAGCUUGGACAGCAAAAUGACUGAAAAGUAGGAUAAUAUAUUAGACAACGUUUGGCUGAAAGGAGAUUUUGUUGUUAGAAAGACUUAAAAAACGGUCACUUGAACUAAAUGUUGUCUAAUAAAAUUCUACUCGAAAUAUUUAUGUAAUUCUUUGCGAACUUCUUCUUCUUCUUCAGGAAACGUACAUUUAUCUACGAACUUCUGUUUGAAAUUAUUGCGUUAUACAUAAUAUAUAAAAAAACAUUGUAAAAAAUUCAAAUAACGUAUGAGACUUAAAACUUACCUACCUACCUAGCCUGACAAGCAGUUUUUGUUUGUCGUGUUUGUUGCAUGCUGUUUAUGUUAAGGGGUCAGCUAUGUAAAUACUCGAAAAUAAAUUUAAAAUGUUUUAUGAUUCUUAUUACCUCAAGUACAAAAAAUAAUGCGAGACGAACCUUAUCUUGUUUACAUUGUGAGACUGUGUUGUAUGGUGACACUAGCUGGACAUUUUGUGAAGAAAAACAGCCAAGCCACGUUAAGGGAAGAAUCAGCUGCAGUAGUAGUAGUAGCAGUAUUAAUGGUAAUAGCAGUAGUAUUAGCAGUAUUAAUAGUAAUAGCGGUAGUAGCAUCAACAGUAGUAAAAGCAGCAGCAGAAUUAGUAGAAACAGUAACAAUAGUUAAG